AAGACCUAUCGGCUGAUAAAAUAUUUAUCGAAAUAUUUUUAUCCGCCGCUGUGUACAUAUGUGACAAAUUAACCUUCUAUUUUGGCCUUAUUUAAUCAUAGUCACAUUUCGAUAUGCAUCUUCUAAGUACAGGCAAUCCUUACUAAUCCUAUCCACGCGAUUUUUAGAAAGUCAUUAUGGCGGAAUCGCCGAGUAUUUUGUCGACAGCGGCAGCUGUGUUGGCUACGUUAGGUACCACGGCAGUUGCGGGACUGCCGACCGCCGUCCGGCCGACGGGACCGCCUGUCGUACCGGGCACGUCCGCGAGCGGAUCCGUCCCAGCGCUCGCGACCUUGGAGUCCUCGGGCUCACUUUUGACAACACUGUUACACACCGCAGCCAGCGUAAAUGCCACUGAGGAGCUGGGAAAUGACACCACGACUGCCGCCCCGGUGUACACGAAGAUUUUCCUGCAGACGGCGGCGGCUCAGGGGAUUGCUGGCGCGUUCGCCUGGGCAGCAAUUCUUGUCACUUGCCAUCAGAUUUACAUGCAUUUGCGGCACUACACCUGCCCCGGGGAGCAGCGUUGGAUUGUGCGUAUCCUCUUCAUUGUUCCCAUCUACGCGUUUGAUUCCUGGUUGGGCCUUCUCUUCUUCAGCCAGGACCAUUACUAUGUCUAUUUUGACAGCGUCCGAGAUAUUUAUGAAGCUUUUGUUAUCUACAACUUUUUGAGCCUUUGCUAUGAGUAUCUGGGUGGCGAGAGCUCCAUCAUGUCCGAGAUACGAGGAAAAUGCAUCACGCCGACCAGCUGGUUCUGUUGUACCUGCUGUCUGCGUGGACGCACCUACUCCAUAGGCUUCCUACGUUUCUGCAAGCAGGCCACCCUUCAGUUCUGCUUCGUCAAGCCAGUCAUGGUGGUCAUCACGCUGGUACUGCUGCCGUUUGGCAAGUACUCGGACGGAAACUUCUCUGUUGUGGAUGGGUACCUGUACAUCACCAUCAUCUACAACAUCUCGGUCAGUCUGGCUCUCUAUGCCAUGUUCCUCUUCUACUUUGCCACACGAGACCUCCUCAGCUCCUUCAGACCUGUGCCAAAAUUCUUCAUGGUCAAAUCCAUCAUCUUUGUCUCUUUCUGGCAAGGUGUCCUGCUAGCCAUUCUGGAGUUGGGUGGAGCCAUCACGCCCCUGGAGGUGGAGGGAGGAGGGGAGACAGUCCAGGCGGGUACCGUUUCGGCCGGGUACCAGAACUUCCUGGUCUGCGUGGAGAUGUUCUUUGCAGCCAUUGGUCUCCAUCUGGCGUUCCCGUACUCCACCUACGAGCAGUGCACAUUGCUGUCAGACGGCCAGCCAGCUAGGCCAUCUACCAUGCAGAGUAUUUCCAGCAACCUGAAGGACACCGUCAACCCCAGGGACAUGUUCCAGGACACCAUCCACAACUUCUCCCCGGCCUACCAGACCUACAUGCAGCAAGGCACCACGGACGACAGUGAGACCACGGGCCGCCACAACGGCGCGGGCAACAAGGGCUUCAAAGGUAGCAUCAACUCCAAAGAGGGCGGGGGAAAGGGAGGGGGAGGAGGAGGGGGCGUCGGAGGCGGGAUCCGCCUACCCAAGCUCAGCAGCAAGUCCAGUCAGAACGAGAAGUCCGGGUUGCUGAGUUCGGACGACGAGUUUUGAUUCUGAUGAUGAGUUUUGGAUUCUGACGAGUUUUGCUUCCAAUCUGAGUUGCCUACUUUUUGUUGUGAUUCCUUGGCUGGUUUUCCACCAUUACCGGGACGCUCCAAAGCUCACACUGGUAUUUCACACAGGUUGAAUAAAAAAAGCAAAACCCAAA